UGAUCCAAGAUUUGUGUUUGUAAAAUAAUAAGUAUAAGAUUGAUUUCGUUAAAAAUGCGCCGCCGUGUUGGCCUGGGUGCCAUACAGCAACAAAAGUUGGCUGCUGAAAAAUACAAGGAUAAGGGCGCUGACAUUCAGGAAUCCCAGUUGGAGCAAAUGACCAAGCAAAUGGAUGUCUUCCGGAUCAAGCUAGAGGAGUUUGCAAUGAAACACAAGGAUGACAUACGCAAAAAUUCGCAAUUUCGUAAACAAUUUCAGGAAAUGUGCGCUGCAAUUGGCGUUGAUCCUUUGGCUACGGGCAAAGGUUUCUGGAGUGUGCUCGGCAUGGGUGAUUUCUACUACGAAUUAAGUGUACAGGUUGUGGACGUCUGCCUGGCGGCGAAUCACAAAACUGGCGGCCUAAUGGAACUGGAUGAACUGCGUCGUCGCUUGAUUGCCGCACGUGGCCAGAGUCCCAUGCAUCAGGAGAUCACAAAGGAGGACAUACUAAUGGCGACGAAAAAAUUGAACAUCUUUGGCAACGGUUUCGUGGUACAUAAAUUGGGAAAGGGCAAGUACAUUGUGCAAUCCAUUCCUGGCGAGCUGAGCAUGGAGGAAACCAAUAUUUUAAGUGCAGCAUCGAAUACAGAAUCCGGCUGCGUUACUCAAAAUCAACUCAUGAACGAUUUGGGCUGGACAGAAUAUCGAACUAAGUGCGCAUUGGAGAAAGUAUUGGGCGAGGGCCUCUGUUGGAUCGAUAGACAAACAGAUGAGGAACCAAGUUAUUGGUUUCCCAGUUUAUUUCCCGGUCGCAAUGCGCAGCUUGUUGCUGCAUAGUUGUUU